AUGAGUGAUACUUCAACAGUGAGGAAAGCCCCACCACAGGCCCAGUCCUCUGGCAGUGGACACACCUUGAUGCCAAAACGCCAGCCAGAACAUUUUGCCUCAAAGCAUGUGUGCUUCUACAAGAGUGGUGAUGCCCAGUUCAGCGGUUUGCCUGUAGUCAUCAACAAGCGCACUUUCAAGACCUUCGAGGGGUUGUUGGACAGCCUCUCUAAGCGCGUUCCUCUUCCGUUUGGGGUCCGCACUAUUACAACACCGCGUGGUCAAACAGCAGUCCGAUCCCUUGACCAGCUUCACCAUGGUCAUUCCUACAUCUGCUCAGACAAGCGUACAGUCAAGCCCAUCGACCUGGAGCAGGCCCGGCGAAAACCACCACCGUGGUACCAUGCCCGGCCGGUAAGCAGCAGGCGCCUGGCCUCAACGAGACAGAGCUUUGGACCGCGAAGUGCGCCAUGGAGUGAGUACGCUGCCAUGCUGCACACCCCAAAGUGGGUGGUCGUAUUCCAUAAUGGAGCUCCAGAUGUUAAGCAUACGCUGCUGCUGCAUAGGAGAAACACACGCUCUUUUAAGGAGCUGAUGGAUCUUAUAUCUGAAGUCAUGAACUUCCCAGUGCACAAGCUGCACACAGUUGAUGGAAAGAAGGUGAAUGGACUUCUGGCUUUGAUCUUAUGUUCAGGUGUAUUGGUAGCUUCCGGCCGUGAACCUUUCAGAAAAGUUCAUUAUAAUGUCCAAAAGCCCUCUGCUCCAGCAUGGCUACCAGCAAAAAGUGUAGGGAGGCUACAUCACAGAACACGAAAAAAGACAUCUUUGACAAGCAGCACAAGAUCUCGUCCCUUCUCACCAUCCUCGGAGCGGUAUAUUGUAAAUCAGUUACACAACAGUUUCUCAGAAAAUGCUUCUAAUCCCACUGGAUCUGAAAAUGAAAUGAAGACUGGGCAGCAUGUGGACUCUGUAGAGGCAGAUACAAUGACUUGCAAGGAUGUAACUGCUGAGGAAAACAUCUGCAUGCCCACUAAUGAUGACAUUGAGAAGUCCUUCAGGGUCAAUGAGGAUGGCAGCAUGACGGUAGAAAUGAAGGUGCGCCUGACUCUUAAAGAUGAGGAAACAGUUCAUUGGACAACAACACUUAGUCGCUCCACUGUUGCUAAUCAAAUCAAAUCUGUCUCGGAAUCACAUCCUGAUCUAGGUGAACUUUUGUGUGACAACAUUUAUUCUGACGUUGACUCAAAGGCCUUAGAAAUAAAUCAAAUGUGUCCCGAAGAACAUAGAGAAGUCUCCUCUAAAGACUGUCCUCAAGCAGCACAUGAAAAUUUGGAGGAAGGUAAUACAGGGCAAAGCAUAGGGCUAAAAGUGCUCGCCCAGGCUUUUCCUUCUUCCUUGGGGUGGUGCCAAAUCAAACAGAAGCAAUUACCUUUAGGAAGCACCAAUAACGUAUCUAAAACUGAGAGCCAACAGAAUGUGCUGGGAUUUUACACCGACAAGGAAGAAACAAGUAAUGAGCAAAUAAAGCAAGAGUACUGCAUGGUAAAGCAUCAUCCAGUACCAAAACCACGCAAUACCAUGUCUUGUAAACUGAACUCAACCUCCUCACAACAACAGGCUGAUACCUAUAAAUCUGCAGAGAUUCUGCAACUACAAGACAGUGGGAAGAAGACAGUGCUUCAUAUCGUUAAACAGCAGACUUGCCAGAAGAGUUUCCUUGCAAAUACAGAGUUUCAUGCCCAGGGCAUCGACACAUGUGAUAUAUGUUCUACUGAGGACUUGAGUACCAAGAUUUCCACUAUUGAUGAGCCAAUGCAGAUGGGUCACUGCAGAGAAACUACCUCUCAGGAGUCAAAAAAACACACUGCAGAGAUACCGCUGGUCAUAAAAUCAGCUAAACACUCAGCAGCUAGGAUGACUUCAGCAGCUGGCAUACGCAGGAACAAAAAGCCAGUUCGAGUAAUAGUAAAAAAGUGCUACAGAACUCGCAGUGUCACUCUUGAACAUAUGAGGAAAGAUACCAAAACUGACAUUCUCAAAGAAAUAAACAAAAUUAGAGCUGAAAUAUUUAGCCGAUCUGGAGUUAUGAAAACUAUGAUUAAGUAUUACCAAGCCAAAGCUGUUUACAAGCUAUUAAAACAAAGAACCAAUACAGCUAAUGAUCAUAAACAUGUUUGUUCCACCUUGCCUAAUGCAGUUGGGUUAAAAAUACAAAGCACAAGUAAAUCAUUCACAGGCAAAGAAUCUUGUACCAGUGAAGAACAUCUUGCUCAGACAUUUUUGUACAAUGGGAAACAGAAUAAUAAUUCCACACAGGAGAAAAAUUUACUUCAUAUAUCAACCAAUAAAUCUACCCUCAAACGGCAAACAUCAAUGCAAGAUGAGCAAGACUUUCAAAGAGAAACAUGUGAACUGAGGGAAAGUGCCUCCCUUCCAGCUCUUCAUUUUUCAUCCUCUGUUUUGAAUGAACGUGUGGAGCUCUGGCUGCAAAAGAACAAACCUGAACCCUUUCCCUUUCAAAAAGAGGACCCACCAUCCAAGCUACAUUCUUUACAGGUGUCAGAGAUAGCUUCAUGUGGGGAUUUAACAUGCCUUGCUUCAGUAGAUAGUUCUUCUAGAAUUGUGUCUUUAACAAAGUCCCUAAAGGAGGAUGCAUCCUUUUCUAAGAAAGAGAUGUUGCCUAGUGAUCCAUGCUCAGAAAGACUAUCAAUAACUAGAGAUUCCACUCAAGAAAAGUCAUCUUUGUGUAAAAAUAAAAAUGUGAAAAAUGACAUAUUGCUUAGUGACGAAGAAACAAAAUCAUUUCAAUUGAAUCUUCCUUUAAAUGAUGAUUCUACAACAGAGGAACCUUCUAUAAACCUUAUAGAAUCAUUUCAAUCCAAUCCAAGUUUUAAAAACAACAUGAAUGAGUCAUUGAAUAAAAUAUCCACAGUAAAUGACCUUCUGAAACAAGCACCUGAUCUUAGAAUUCCCUCCUCAAAAAAGACACUAAUUAGCCAAGACUCUAUUGAAAAAAUACCCAACAACAACACAUCGUCUAUAGCAUCACUAUUCACAAAUCAAGGUGUUGAAAGAGAACCUCAAUCUGAAAUUGCAAUCAGUUCUGAAUCUGCAGUGACAUAUUUGGAAAAAUCCAAAGCAAGUAGUGCCUCAAUGAACUCAAGUUCACAGAGGGACCUUGGCACAGGUGAAACUGAUGAGGAUACAAUUUCAUCUGCAAAUAGAAACGAGUCGACUAUGUUAGGAAAAAAAUCAUACACGGUCAAAAUGGCUGUACGACCUGAUUUGAGACGUGUUCUAGAUAAGCUCUGCUAUGUGAUAAAGUCACUUGAUGAAGAGACUCAACAUAAAUGUUUGGAAAAGCCCAACAGCAUGUCAGACUUCUUCUCAUACUUAGCCUCUACCUUUGGUUCCUCUUCACAAGUCCUCCUAGCUUUCCUCUCCAUUAUGACCCUGAAGGACAGUCUGGAAACUGGAACUGUACAGUGCCAGGCUGACGACAGCUCGAGCUGUUCUGAAGCAUUGCUUUUGAUCCUCUCUCUUAAGGAGAUGGCAAGCAUAGAGAAUGCAGAGCAGCUAAGAUCUAGUCUAAAUGAUCUACAAAAUUCAAUGUCUGAUCAACUGUUGCAUAAUUGGAGAGGCUUUCAAGAGUUAUGUAAUCAGUCCUUAAAUUGCAGUGUUACACCUAAGUGCAAUAGAAGUGACUCUUAUAGUGGGCCAAGCUGUACAGAGGAGGCAAUUCAGGGGCUCAUGGAAGAAUUAGGUGUUCCUGACAGGGUUAGAGAGGAACUAGCUGCUAUUUGUACUUGUGAGGAGAGGAUCAGAGCUAGUAUGGUAGAAGGAUCAGAUAAGCUGUGUGAGGCAUUAGCAGAGAUAGAGUUAAAUAAAUAUACAAAUCCAGUCUUAAAUAAGGAAAUGAGUAGGUUGCCUGACUCGAAGAUGCUUGAAGAUGAUGUAAGCAAGUACGUUUCUUCAGUCAUUGAAAAAGCAAUUCAUGCACAUACCACAGAAUGUGACAGUUCAAAUAUCUCAAUGGUCCAUUCAUUGGUUAGUGCUAAAGACCAAAUCAAAGUAGAAAUUGGCAAACGAGAAAGAAAUGUCUGUCCCAUAUCUAAUUCAGACACCUACAAGAAAAGACCGUCUAGUAGAUCUGCCUUGAUAGAACAGCAUCAAGGAGUCAAGAAGCAAGAUGUCAAGUCCAUGAGAGAGAAGGAAAGCAAUGUGGUGGAGCAAAGACAUAACGAAGAACAAGACAUAUAUAAAGACAGAGCCAUAUAUGAUGACAGUGUAGUGAUAGCAAGAAGAACAUUGUCCGGGAUAGCAAGUGUGCAGGACGAUUACAUUGUGGAGGACAAUCCUAAAUGUUCUGAGACACAAGAUAGCAAUAACAAAAAGGAUGAUGUACAAAAUCAAAGCCAAAUAAAUAAAGUUUGGGCUACUAAAAAGGGCUCAACAUUUUCUGAGUCAAGUAACAGUGAAGAUAGACUGGCCACCAGCUUAGAGGAAGAAGAAGAUGAUAAUUGUGAUGAAGAAUAUAUGGACUUUUCUGAAGAUACAGAGCAAAAGCAUUCCUUUCAUGGUUCAACAAACUGUCAAAGAAAAAGCAUGGCAAGUCAAGAACAAAGCCAACUCUACAGUAAAAGAGACCAUCUUAAAGGACCGCCUGAAAUGAAAUCCACCCUGACUGCUAUUCAUGUAGGGUCACAUAUGAAGAAGGACAUGAGGCAAAAUAAACAGAAGAGGCAACAAGUAAAAACAAGUCAUUUCAAAGAAGAGCAGGUGAUUGUGGAGGUACCAGAAUGCUACAUGUAUGAAGAACAUUUGGGAGAUCAAAAGGAAUAUGGUCUUAAAGAAGCUGUGGUAUGUGAGAAAAACACACCUCAAACAAAGAAAUAUUUAGUGGCAGAGCUCAUCAAUAACAUGGAAUCAUUUACUCAACAAACCAGCAAUAAACCAGAAAGUCAUGUGAACAGAUUCACAGCCCAGACUGAGGUAUCAGAACCUUUAGAAACUUUAAACCUGACCUCAGAAACCCUCCCAUCUUCAUUGACUUUCAGUUAUGAAUCUUUAAGCAGCUCUUUGGCACAGGAGCAAGAAAGAACUACUCACGUUAACAGAGUGAAGUCAAUUAGGGAAAUGUUUCUCGCCAAAAGCAACACUAAUACCCAAAAUAAGCACAGUCAAAAUUCUGAUCAUUCUGAAUCCAUAGACUGUGGGGAGAACUGGUCCCAAAGGUCACCAGAGACAUCCAGUGGAGAAGAUGACACAUGCCACUUAGCCAUUGCUAAAGGUUUUGUUAGAAGAACCAUUGAGAGGAUUUAUGGUAGAGGUAAUAUGAAUAGUACAGGGCCAGAUGAUAUAAGACCACAAUCUGCCUCCCAGAGAAAGAGAAGAGCAGGACCUGGAAGGACCAAUGUCACUAAUCUGGCAUCAUUUCAUGAAGCCCGUGCUCGGUUAAUAAGUGACUUAUCAUACUUCAGUGCCACAAGUUCAUGUGACGUCCUUAAUGCACCAACUCAUGGACAGGUAGAAUUAAGAGAUGCUAAUCUACCAGACAAAGAUCACUGUAAAAAAGGAAAGAAGAACACAACCAUAUUAACUGAGCCUUUGCAAAAUAGUAUGACAGCAGAUUCACAUAAUAAUGACUCAUUAGCAACUAAGAUUAGCUAUUUCAACCUUCCAAAUGCCAGUGACUCUGAGCUGGAGUCAGAAGAGCAAAAAUCUGACAGCACCCAAACAGAGAUUAAAGUACCCCCUGAACCACAGAUGCUUAAACCCUGGGCUGAGAAAAACAGCUUUCUACCUGUGUUUAGCCCACCAGCCUUUAAAAAAGCAGACAAUAAGGUACAUCCACUAACGGAAGCUUUAACAAGCCCUGUUGUUAGCCAGCCUGUUAGCAGACAAAGUGCACAAACUGGAGUUGUAAGGCAUUCCACAGAACCUGAUCUCCUGGAGAUGCUCUUCAUAUUUUGUGGGCAACACUGUCCCGUACUGUAA